AUGAAUUCAAUAUCUUGGAGAACAAUAUGUGAAAGCUCAAUAAACUAUGACGAACCAAUUCUUGCUAUAUCCUAUUUUGAAAAGUUGAUAAGCUUGUGGCAAACCCAUUGUCAAUCUAUCAAUCGUAGACUCGCUGGCUCAAUUCCUGUAACAGUAGAGUCUGAUGAUUACAAGAAUGUGCUGAGCAAGCUUGAUAAAGCUCUGAUUCUAGAGCUGAGAGAGAAUGGAAUAGAUCUCAUCGUUCGAAAGUUAAUACCCCGAACAGAUAUAUUCUCCGCCAAUUGCUAUGAAGUUUCAUAUGAUGACAACAAAACUGAGACAUAUUCUCACAUAGCAUACUCAAUCAGGCUAGAUCCUCCAACAGCGGAUGUCAAACAUCCUCACAUUCCACAUCCAUACAAAAUUACGAUAAAAGAACUUUCGGAAUCUAGUCUUCGAUUGAAUUUGUCUGUGCCAAACCAUUGUACGGAUGAAUCGGUAAAGUGGUUAGUAGAUACCGCUUAUCCCAGGUUGAAGAAAUGGCUUGACUCUCUCAAGCUCGAUAAAGAAUCUACGAAUUCUAAUCGACUUCUAUCAGCAGAAAACUAUUGGUUCACAUAUAAAAAAAUGAAAGACGAACGAGGAAAGGAUAUCGUGAAAAACUGGACUGAGAAAACACAAGCAGAGAAGUUUGUAUACGAAGAUUGUGGGAUAGCUUCUUAUAUACUGGAAACUUGGAAGAGGCUAGGCUCUUCCCCUAGAUUGUUCGCUGAUUUGGGAUGUGGUAACGGGCUGUUGGUUCAUCUUUUGAACAAAGAGGGUCAUAACGGAAUCGGUUUAGACGUUAGGAAACGAAAAAUUUGGUCCGAACAGUUUUCGGAAGCUGAUUUGAGAAUAAGCACUAUUGAUCCCACUCUCCCUGAUACGGGCGUUCCUGACGAAGUAGAUUACCUAAUUGGGAAUCACAGCGAUGAACUCACGCCAUGGAUACCGAUAAUGGCAGCAAAAAAGCGGUGUGGUUUCAUACUAAUUCCUUGUUGUCCUUUUGACUUUUAUGGGAAAUACAGAUCGAGAGUCGGUGAUACAGGCAGCAGUUAUUCUUCUUUCCUAAAGUUCGUUGAAGAAGUUUGUUCAACAUUAGGGUACAUAGUUGAAGAGGAUCGCUUGAAAAUUCCGAGCACGAAGAGAAUCUGUUAUAUCUGCUCAAUCCCUCCAAAUGGUCUUCCUGAGAAUGUAGAUGAGAUCAUAUCUUCGUUGAUAAAGCCUAGGGAUCAGGAACAAACAUCUUUCUCCAAAAGAGAUUCUCACGAAGAGGUACGAAACUGCAGUAACAUUGAUGAAGCCACCAGAAAUCGCCUAGUAAAUCUCAUAUUUGAAAAACUGCUGUCAGAGAGUGACGAACGAGUCAAUGGUUGGCGAUGUGGGGCGAAAUUACCUUUGAACGUUUUAAUUCAAUGUAUAAGUAAAGAAGACAGAGCCAUCAUGAAGCAACAAGAUGGCGGCCUACAAACGUUCCUGAAGAACCAGCACCAAACUUUCAUGGUGAUUGGAGGUAUUGUAAUGAUUCGUGAUUGGAGAGUGAUCAAGAAGGCACCAGUGAAAAAAAGCGUUCCAACAACUCCAUGUUGGAUGCUGGAGAACCAUCCAGAUGGGUGUCCCUACGGUACCGAAUGCAGGUUCAAGCAUUAG